AUGUCCUCCGGUGACGAGAACGAGCACACUGCUGUUGAACUGGAGCACGCUCCCGCCCAGCAACCGCAGGUCAAGAAACGCCGUAUUCAGACCGUACGAGCUUGCGACCGCUGUAGGCUAAAGAAAAUCCGAUGCGACGGCAGUCCUACGCCAGGCUCGAAAUGCUCGCACUGUAUGGCUGCAGACGCAGAAUGUAUAUUCACGCCCGGUACCAAGCAAAAACGACAACCUGCGCAAAAGAAAUAUGUUGACGCUUUGGAACAACGGCUUGAGAGGAUGGAGAGCCUUUUGACCAAGCUGCACCCCAAUACAGACUUCUCAAGAGAACUCGAUGGCGAUGUAUCCGCGCCGCCCAAUUCGGCAACAUGGGGUGUUCAGGCCCAGCGCAGCGCCAGUGCCUCUUCCGACACAAGUCGUUUCCCUCACGUGCUCUUCGACGAGUCCGUCGACGUCGACACGCACGACGAGCAAUUUGUUCCAUCUCCAGAACCCCUUGAGAGCGACGAGGAGGGGACAUCACCUGGUUUCCACGAGUUGGUCCGCAAGCUGCGCGAGCUGAACAUCACCGGCCCUCUCACGCGAUACUACGGACGGAGUAGUAGUCUACGUCUGGUCCGCACGGCGCUUAACUUGAAGUCGGAAGUUGCUGGGAGCAAUCCGGAUAUCAUGCACGAGGUCAUGGUAAACGCCCAGAAGCGCCCGGAUUUCUGGAAGCUCCAUCCCUGGGAACGGACGCGUUUUUCGCAAGAGCAGAAGUCGCCAUUCGUGUUCCCGGACGCGGACCUCAUGGCGAAGCUCAUAGCGGAGUUCUUCAGGCUCUCGCACAAGCUAUGUCCGGUAUUGCAUCGGCAGACAUUUGAAGCCCAUGUUGCGGAGGGGAAGCAUCUCCGUGAGGAAGGGUUCGGUUGCGUCGUUCUGCUCGUCUGCGCGUUAGGGGCGCGCUUCGUGGACGACCCCCGUGUCUUCCUCAAUCACCCAGAUAAGCCGGCGCAUCCCCAUUCAGCUGGAUGGUUGUGGUUCAAUCAAGUGCAACUCGUACGCAACGUUGCUCUUGCUGAUCCGACCUUGCACGAUCUCCAAUGUAUGGCCUUAUCUGUCAUCUUCCUUGCUGGCAUGUCGCCUCCACAAGCGUGUUGGACCAUGGCAGGAAUCGGGAUCAGGAUGGCCCAAGAUGUCGGUGCCCACCGACGAAAGACAUACUCUCACCAUAGCGUGGAGAGCGAGCUGUGGAAGCGAGCCUUCUGGAUGCUGGUCACUCUGGACAUCUGGUUUAGUUCUUUCUUGGGACGCUCGUGUGCCAUUUCCCUCGAUAGUUUUGACGUCGAGUUCCCUCUGGACUGCGACGACGAGUACUGGUGCAAUUCGGAUUCCGAGAAGGCGUUCAAGCAGCCCGAGGGCAAGCCCUCCGACGUAGCGUUCUUCAUCGCUUGGAUCAAGUUGCAGCUCAUUCAUUCCCACGCCUUGCGCACCAUUUACUCCCUCGAGAAGCACAAGGUCAUUUCCAAGAUCGGCGAACAAGAGUGGGAAAAGCGUGUCGUCUCCGAGCUCGACUCUGCUUUGAAUCGCUGGGUCGACGCAUUACCGGAUCAUCUGCGCUGGGACCCAGAUCGCACAAAUGAGACACACUUCUUCCAGACGGUUGCCCUUCAUGCCGCGUAUCACCUCGUCCAGAUGACCAUCCACCGGCCGUUCAUCCCGUCGUCGGGCAAGGAGUCGUCAAUAUCGUAUCCCAGUCUGACUAUAUGCGCUAACUCGGCCCGGGCGUGCAUUCAUGUGCUAGAAGCGCACUCGCGCCGCAUUCCUCGUGUCAUGAUGAUGAACAUGCUCAUUCCGGGUUUCCAAGCGUCGAUCGUUCUACUCUUGCGGAUAUGGCUCGCCAAGCGUGCCGGUAUACAGGUCGACGUGGCGAAGGAGUUGAAGGAUGUCCAAGUCGUGAUCGACUUUCUGGCUGCAGGCGAACACAAAUGGCCGUUGUCGGGCCGCUUCAAGGACAUGCUCAUCACGCUCUCUACAGUUCGCGAUUGGCCGUGUCAGAAUGGGCCUAUGCCAUCCGCGUCCACGAAGAGAGCGCACCCCGACACCGACACGGAAGAGGAGCCUGCACCGCAACCCGCUCGACAGUUCCCCCCUUCUUCAGGCUUCGCUCGCUCCACCGUCCCGUUAAGCGCGCGUCAUCAUCCCUCUCUCAGCCAGACAAUCGCACGCUGCACCAGCAAUCUCGAUAAUGUGUCAACAUUCGGCCCACCACUUCAAAAUGAGGACGCAACGGCGAGUCUCUUCUCAGGCACCUCAGCCGACGCUGCUAUGGGCGUGAAUGAUCCUCUGGCGGCUGCCGGGAACGCGUAUGCUCAGUAUCAAUCCCUCAACCCGCAGCCGACGAACACCCCCAAUGUCGAGUGGGGAUAUAUACCGGCCCGCAAAGCGUCACAACCUUACACCGCCAAUGCCCCCGCACCGCAGGUAUCGCAACAAGGUGCAGAGGAACUGUACAAGAUGUUUGGAGGCACCCUCGGAGGGAUCAUUCCGGGAGCCGAUACACCGUCGCCGUCGUCCAUUCAGUCUUCUCCCGCCACUCAUCUCGGACUCUCAUCAAACAUGUACACCGAUUCGAUGUUCGGCAUCGAUGUUCCUCCACCACCAACCCCCAGCUAUCGUGGCCCUUCCUCCUUCCCGGGCGUUCCGGCACCAAAUCCGGACGAGAUCCAGCAGUUCUUCGCGCCAAUGGUCGCACACGACGGGCAUCUUGGGGUCGAUAGCGAUCUCGUCUCAAUGUGGUCGUCCAUGCCGAGCGCAUACUCGUCUGAGGACUGGGACCACUACGUAUCAAACAUGUUGCGGAUAGCUCCUUCUAACAUCAACGGUCCUGUUCCCCAAGGCGCCCCUUCACAGUCAAAUCAACAGAAUAUGAUGUACUAA